CAGUCUUUGUUUAGACAUUCCAUCGUCAAUGCCGAAUAAUAUUUUUAGACCUUAAUUUUAUAAUUUUCAACUCGAGUAUUACAUUGACCGGUUAUGCUAAUCAAGUAUUUCUUAGAUAUUAUGAAAUUCUAAAUAUGGUUUUUUUAAAUAUAUAAGAGUUUGUAGAGGAAGUUAAAAGUCUUUAAUUGUCGGCAAUAAAGUCAGUGAUGAGGAUCGCGUGAAAUAAGUGAGUGACUUAUUUUUAAGUACAGAUAAAAGUAAAUCAUUGAGCUGACAGUCGGCUCGAGGAUUGCAGACAUGGAAAAAAUUACAGUGAAACAGUUGAUAAGAAAUCCUAUUGAGAAGGCUAAUCUCAUCAGCCGUUUAUUUUUUUGGUGGACUAUUACAUUAUUUAAGAAAGGAGCCCGAGAUGGAAUUACGGCAGAUGAUCUUUACACUCCGUUAGCUUCUGAUAAAUCGGAGACACUGACAGACAAUUUGGAACGAGAAUGGAAUAAGGAAUUGAAGAAACUGGAAAACAAUGAUAGUAAUGACAAAAAAAAUGAUGAACUUAGUAGUAACCAAUCUAAACCAAGUUUACUACGAGCGAUUCUCAGGUCAUUUGGUCUGCAACUUUUAAUAUUUGGUAUAUUUCAAAUGAUACUAAAUGUUAUUUUGUUUAACUUACAACCAAUAAUUCAAAACUGGAUAAUACAGUAUUUCGAUGUUAAUAAUAAUAAUUCAACAACUAAAAAUUCAGCACUCGGUUAUGCUGGUGCACUGACCAGUGUUGCGCUGUUACUGACAUUUACAAUGCAUCAACUUAAUUACUAUAGUCUUAUAAUAGGAAUGAGAUUCCGAGUUGCCUGCUGCUCGUUGAUUUAUCGAAAAAGUUUGAAAUUAAGUAAACCUGCAUUGGAUAAAACUCCAGCUGGUCAGGUGAUAAAUCUUCUUAGUAAUGAUGUCAGCCGUUUCGAUUUGCUUCCAUUGUUUAUCAAUUUUCUUUGGAUAACGCCCCUCCAAAUUUUUGUGGUCGGAUAUAUAAUUUGGCGUAAUAUUGGAAUUUAUACACUCGUUGGGUAUGGAGUGUUGUUCAUAAUAACAAUUCCAAUGCAAAGCUAUGUUGGAAAAAUCACUGGAAAGCUUAGAAAUUUAACGGCCAAAUUGACUGAUAGACGUGUCCAACUAAUGAGUGAAUUGAUUGCUGGUAUUCAGGUAGUCAAAAUGUAUGCGUGGGAAAAACCUUUCAACAAAAUUGUCACACUAACUCGGCUGAAUGAAAUAAAACAAAUACACCGUUCGAAUAAUGUAAGGGGGAUGUAUUCAAUUUUAUCGGGAAUUAGUCAGAAGAUAAUGGUUUUUGCAACGCUGGUGACAUUUAUGUAUGAUGGGAAUUUGUUAGAUCCGCGGGUUACGUUUCAAAUUGCUGUUUAUUACAAUAAUCUCCAAAUACAUAUGGCGCUUUGUUAUCCGAUGGCGAUAAUUAUACUAAUUCAAUCAAUUGUCGCUAUUAAGAGGAUUCAGGAAUUCUUGCUGCUUGAAGAAGUUACUGAGAGUACGAAAGCUUGUUUAGAUGUCAAUGGGUCUAAGAUGUCGGAAGUUGAUGUUGAGAAAGAGAAAAAAUCCAUUCCUGAAGCAGUAGUUGUUGAACUGAAUAAGGUUUCAGCCAAUUGGAAAUUUGGGCAGUUACCUCCGACACUUUGUGACGUGACGCUGAAGAUCAACGGCGGAGAACUUUGUACUCUUGUAGGUCCAGUUGGUUCGGGAAAAAGUUCUUUGCUUAAUUUGCUGCUGCAGGAGCUGCCAGUUGGUGCGGGAACAGUUGGGCUCUUUCAGUUCCCUCGUGGAGAGUCAGCUGAUGCCAGAUCUAAAUCUGGAUUUAUACAGGACAAUCCAGAGAUGAAAAUAUCGUAUGCAAGUCAAGAUCCGUGGCUAUUUACGGGAACUGUGAGAGAGAAUAUCCUCUUUGGGCUGGAUUAUGACAAAACGCGUUAUGAAGAAGUAACGAAAGUUUGUUCAUUACUGCGAGACUUUAAACAACUGCCCAAUGGUGACAUGACAAUCGUUGGAGAACGCGGAGCUUCACUGUCUGGUGGUCAACGAGCGAGAGUAAAUUUGGCCAGGGCAAUUUACAGACCAGCAGACUUAUACCUACUAGAUGAUCCCCUCAGUGCCGUAGAUGCGCGUGUCGCUCGACGUCUCUUCCAGGAUUGCAUUCUUGGCUAUUUGAAAGGCAAAACACGGAUUCUCGUUACUCAUCAGCUAAAUUAUCUCAAACAAGCUGACACUAUUGUCGAGCUGGAACGCGGAACUAUAAAGCAUCAUGGAACUUUUGAUGCUUUGGCUGAGUCUAAUUCGGAAUUCAUAAAUAUGCUCAACAGUUUGAAUACUGAUAAAAAGAACGCAACUGAAGAAGUGGACGUUAUUCCAAGUGCCCAAAAAAAGAGUCCUUUCAUUCGAGAGGCCAGAAGAGAGUCUCAAGUUUCUAUUCGAUCUCAAGACAGUCACCGAUCUACUGCAAUUGAAAAGUAUGAAGACGCUGAUUCAAAAAAUGAAAUUCCCGAUGAAGUUUUAGGCACAGGGUUCAUUUCCAAAGAGGUUUACUUUCGUUAUUUUCGAGAAGGUGGUGGAAUCAUUGGCGUCAUUCUGCUUGUCGUAAUAUUUAUUGUAACCCAAGCUGCGUCUAUUGGUGUCGACCAGUGGAUGACUUACUGGACUGCAUUGGAAACAUUCAGGCCUUGCAUUCAUGCCACGGGCAGUGUAUGCCACAACUUUGGGGAUGAAUCAAAGGCCUUCGUGAAUAACACAGUAUUCUCUAAGUUUCUCGACAGUGACGGGCUGCUGCCUGCCGCAACUGCGAUCUACAUUUAUGUGGCACUGCUGAUCGUUUUCAUUGUGCUAUCGAUAUUAAGGUGCCACUGUCUUAUAUUCAUUGGGAUGAGAGCAGCACGAAAGCUCCAUAAUCUAAUGUUCACUAAUAUUCUCCAAGCGACCAUGUACUUCUUCAAUACAAACCCUUCUGGUAGACUAUUGAACAGAUUCUCGAAAGACGUUGGCGCAAUGGAUGAAUUGCUUCUGCCAUUUAUGCUUCAAGCCUUUCUGAUACUUUUUGAUUGUGUUGGCACUAUCAUCAAUAUCAUUAUUGUCAAUCCCUGGAUGAUCAUUCUUACUGUGAUUGCGGGUUUCGUGUUUUAUUUAGUGACUGUUUACUACCUGAUCACUGCUCAGGAUGCCAAGCGAUUGGAGGGAACAACAAAGAGUCCUGUGUACACACAUGUCAAUACAACGUUGAAUGGCUUGUCGACAAUCCGCAGUCGGGGUAAAGAUGUCGAAGUUAUGUUACGCAAUAAGUUCGAUGAAUACCAAGAUAUUAAUUCCGGAGCAUGGUAUUUAUUGAUAGGAACUGGAUCAGCGUAUGGUUUUAGUAUCGACUUGAUUACUAGUAUUUUUAUUGCUAUUUUAAGUUUUUCAUUGAUCCUGAUCGACCCUGAGAACACUUUUGGAGCGUCAGUUGGCUUAGCGAUAUCUCAGUCAUUAUCAUUGACGGGUAUGCUACAAUAUGGAGUAAAGCAAGCUACGGAAGUACAAUCGCAAAUGACGGCAGUUGAAAGAAUUAUUCAGUAUACUGAUCUACCAAAAGAGGGUCCAAUAGAGUCGUCGAAGCCGUUGCCAACAAACUGGCCGUCAAAAGGACGGAUGCAGUGGAAAAAUGUGUACCUCUCUUACAAAGAAGGUGAUCCUCCUGUUUUGAAGAAUAUUGACCUGAUGAUAGAGCCGGGCUGGAAAGUGGGAGUUGUCGGAAGAACUGGUGCUGGAAAGUCUUCAUUGAUAUCAGCCCUCUUCCGACUUGUAGAUGAUGGACUCCAGGGGCAAAUAAUAAUUGAUGACAUUGACACGAAAACUAUUGGUCUUCAAGACUUACGAGCAAGUAUAUCGAUUAUUCCACAAGAGCCUGUUUUAUUUUCUGAAACUUUGCGGUAUAAUCUCGAUCCCUUCGACAAGUACACCGACAAAGACAUUUGGGAUGCUUUGAGAGAAGUUGAAUUGAGUGAUUUGGCCCUCGAUCAAUGGGUCACCGAGGGUGGAACCAAUUUCAGUGUCGGUCAACGUCAACUUAUUUGUCUCGCCCGAGCUCUGUUAAGAAACAAUCGUAUUCUUGUUCUCGAUGAAGCCACCGCCAAUAUCGAUUCUCAAACUGAUGCAUUAAUUCAGCGAGCAAUUCGGUCUAAAUUCGCAGACUGCACCGUUAUAACAAUAGCUCACCGAUUAAAUACGAUCAUAAACAGCGACAGAGUUCUAGUUAUGGACGAUGGUUCCGUUGCGGAGUUCGACACCCCCUACGAACUACUGUUGAAAAAACCAGAUAGUAUAUUCGCUAAAAUGGUUCAACAAACCGGACCAACAAUGGCUGCCAAAAUAAUCAAUGAAGUGAUAGGAUUACAUCAAAAAGAACCAUCCCAAUUUAGGGAUACCCAUUCCCCGGAUAACAAUACUUCUACAAAUGAUUCCUCGUCUAUUACAAGAUUUUAGUAAAAUCAAUAAACUAGUGAAUCACUCACUACCUCAUGGCCAUCAUUUCCCUUAGGUAUUUUACAAAACAAAGAAUGAGGAAACAUAUUUUUUAAUCAAUAAAUAUUCCCCUGCCAAAAAUACUCAUAUUUUUUAUAAGUGUAAGUUUUAUUAAUAUAAAAAAAUAAUAAAUGUCAGUAUUCUGUAAAUUUUCAAGUAAAAGUAAUACAAGAUAUGAUUUAAUAAUAAAGUUAUUUGCAUCAUGCGUGAAAUAACUGCAACAUGUAUAGAUAUAUAAUAAACACAACUUUCUUUUAACUUUCUCGUGAUUCAACAUCGUCAUGUAUACUUACAUAUAUUAUUACCCAUUCAACAGUUUCCUCUGUGC